AUGAGUCCGAUUGCAAAUAUCCCGUCGCCGAAGCUGCCAGUGUUGACGUUCUGGUACGAGUUCUAUUACGACGUGAUCAAAAGGGGGAAAUACACAUACAAGAUAGCUGAACUCCACGAUGGAAACGAAGGACCCAUCGUUCGUAUCAGCCCCUACGAUGUGCACGUCAACGAACUAGAAUUUCACGACAAACUCUACGUAGACAGCGCUCGCCGAAGAGAUCGAUGGUCCCGGGCAGCCAAAGCAUUCGGCCACCUGGGAUCCACGUUCGCUACCACCAGCGAGGAUCAGCAUUGGACCCGCUGCAAGCCGAUCAACAAAGUAUUUCUCGCGGCAGGCGGUCGCCCAGCCGGCGUUGCACCUUCAGUCUUGCCUCGCCGAUUUUUGCGCGCGCCCUGGAGCGUUUUCGAGGGGCCAGACAGAGCGCCGAACUCGAAUCCGCGUUUCUACAGAUACAUGAUCGACGUCGUCUCUACCUUUGCCUUCGGCAAAGCGUUUGGCAGCACAAAGAGCCACAACUUCGGACUGGAGUGGCAGAGGCUCUUCAUGAGCUGGAGCGAGAUGGCCUAUCUGAGCAAACAGUUUGGGUCGCUGGGGGCCGUGAUAGAGUCACUGCCGGACGGGCUCCUUCAGAAGAUAAGCUCCGCCAUGAGUCUUGUCAUUCGAUAA